UCAUCUACACAAGAUCUCAAACUGUCUCAAAAGUUGUGAGCCCUCGCUUGAUGUUUAUGGAUUUUAUUGACUUAAACAUUUGAGGAUUCCGUUAAAAUAAAACAAUUAUCACGCCCGCCAUGGAAUGCUGCUAGUUGAUUUGUUCCUCCUUGAAUUUGGCGUUUCGAUACACCUGGAAUUUGGACGACUAUCGGAAAAUUAGUGAGAGCGUUGGGGCUCAAGUCAUUAGGCUGAUAGUCCUCGAAAGUGUUCUUAAUCGCAUUCUUCGGAUGCUAUGGGAAAGGGAAUAAGGAAAAAUCACUGCACAGUUGUAAAGCACGCCGUAUUCCAUCUUGUAAUCGACUAAGUCGACAUCGGCUUCAGCUUGAAUUUGACUUUCAAGAUCCCGCAGAAAAGACGAGAAUACAAGUAUUUCGGACCGCUUCUAACAUCACCUCCUUAUGGAUUUUUCAUAAUUGAGGUAUCGCGCACUUGAAGACGGCGUAACUCGGAUAUCGGAUUUCAACGCGUACUUCGAGUUCAAAGGUGCGGACCGUCGAAUGCGAUACACCGAAAAAAUAAUUACCGGAUGCUCUUAAGAUAAAUAAUGCAUUCUUGAGAAACAAUUAACGGAAUUUUUGAAGAAUUCAUCGCUAUCAAAGGGCUGAACCUGAAUUAUUUGGUCACAGUAUAUCGACAUAUGUAUAUCGAGUGAGCUGCAAAGUACGCGCGAAGAACAAAGGUCGAUUAGACGUUUUAUUGAGUGAUUGAAUUCAGCGUAUCAUCAUGGCUGCUGAAAGUUAUACUGAAAGAAUACAACUGGAGAAUUUACUGGAAAACGGUAGUAAUAGAGUCAAGUGGUGUAAUUUAGAGGUAGCUUUUAAGAGUCGCAUACAAUCAGGAAUGAUAGUGAACUUCAAACACGUGGAUACGAAAGCUUUUAUGGAAGAAUCACAGACACUUUUUGAAAAGCAGAUUGAAUCCGCAUUGAAAGAAAAGAAUGCUUUGAAAGUAAACACUGUUUUGACUGCCAAAUAUUUUGUUUCGAAAAACGAUGAGAUGACUCUUGAAGAUAAAUAUUUUAACACAAAGAAUUCAGAGAUUCUACGAACGACCGAUCUGAAAGAUUGGUUUUUAAGAAAUGUAGUCGAUCCUACCCUCAAAAAAAUGGAAGAGUUUGAAGAACAGGGCUCAGGUUGGGCCUUCAGUUCGAUUGAUAACUUAAGAAUUAACAUCAACAAGUACAAUCCUAUGCGAGUUGGCUCAUAUAUUGAAUUACCCUCAGCUAUCAAGAAUAAAACAGCUUGCGUCAAUGUGCAGAACACGGACAACGAAUGUUUCAAAUGGGCCGUGUUGUCUGCCCUACAUCCGUGUCGUAAUGCGCAGCGAGUUGAUAACUACAAACCAUACGAACGUGAAUUGAACUUCGAUGGAAUUGAAUUCCCCGUACUACCGAUACAGAUUCCGGAUUUUGAGAAACAGAAUAAUAUUUCUAUUAACCUCUUUGAUCUGCAAAAGAAGAACGGAAAGUUCACAGCACUUCCUCACCACAAAACUACUCUGAAGAAAGAAAAACAUGUAAAUUUACUUAUGAUACAAAAUUAUUACUUCGAUGAAGGAUCGGAAGUAGAGCAAGAUGGGAAAAGCGAUGAGGAGGUGGAAAUCCGAUAUCAUUAUGUUUGGAUCAAAAAUCUGUCGCGAUUGAUCUUCGACGUUUCAAAAGAGAAAAUAAAAAAAUACAUAUGUGAUCGGUGUCUGUGCUACUUUCGAACAAAAGAAAAGUUGAUUCAACAUGAACCAGUUUGUGGAAAUUUGGAUGAGGGCAAGGUCGUGCUGCCUAAACCGGGAAGCAAUACUCUCAUGUUUGAGAAAUUAAAGAAUAAGUACAAGGUGCCGUUUAUUGUUUAUGCUGAUUUCGAAUGCCUUCUGAAGCCAGUUCCACAAGUUCAAAGUACUUCCAAAACCAAAUUGAUACACAAUCAUGAACCAUUUGACGUAGGAUUCUACUUCAAGUGCAAUUAUGACGACGAACGAUCCUUUUACCGUAGCUAUCGAAAUAGUGAUCAUCAAGAUUCGAAGCCUGCCGAAUGGUUUGUGAAACAGCUUGAACAGUUGGUUGAAAAGAUUAAGCCAGUGUUCCGGUAUCCGAUACGAAUAAAUGAACUGACCGCAGACCAGAAAGCGGAAUUUAACAACUCAUCAACUUGCCACAUUUGCGAAAGAGAAAUCCGGUGGGAGGAAAAAGUGAAGGACCACUGCCAUCUCACGGGAAAUUAUCUAGGCCCGGCAGACAAAGAUUGCAACCUAAACAGACAGGAUUCCCGUACGGUGCCAAUCGUCUUCCACAACCUGAGUGGAUACGACGCUCAUUUCCUCAUCAAAGACAUUUCCAGGGGUUUUGAAGGUCGUAUAAGUCUUUUGCCGCUGACCAAAGAACGGUACAUAUCAUUUACAAAACAUAUCGAAGGCAGAGAUAAAAUAAACCUUCGAUUCAUCGACUCUUUCCGAUUUAUGAACCUUUCGUUGGAGGAACUGGCGUCGAAUCUUCAAGAGUUCAAAAUAGUGAAAAGCGAAUUUUCUCCUAUCACAGACGAGAAACUGAAGCUUCUGACACGAAAAGGCGUAUUUCCCUACGAAUAUCUCGACGCGUUGGAAAAGCUUGACGAACCCGAGCUACCACCGAAGGAGAAAUUUUACAGCGUUUUGAACAGUAGCGACGUCUCUGACGAAGAUUACAAGCAUGCGGAAACAGUCUGGAAAGAAUUUGACAUCAAAACAUUGGGUGAAUACUCCGACCUAUACCUAAAAACGGACGUUCUACUCUUGGCGGAUGUCUUUGAAAAUUUCCGACACAGUUGUCUCGAGGCCUACGGUCUCGAUCCAGCUCACUAUUACACAGCUCCAGGCCUAACGUGGGACGCGAUGCUUAAAUAUACCAAGAUUGAAUUGCCCUUGAUGACCGAUAUAGAUAUGGUAACGUUUAUUGAAAAAGGUAUCAGGGGUGGCGUGAGUCAGUGUUCCAAUCGAUAUGCCAAAGCCAACAACAAAUACAUGCCGGACUACAACCCGGACGAAGUUUCGAAAUAUCUCAUGUACUACGACAUCAAUAAUCUUUACGGCUGGGCGAUGAUGCAGCCGCUCCCCGAAGGUGGCUUUGAAUGGGUGUCCGACCCCAGCGAUUUAAAUUUCCAGAACGUAGCCGAUGACUCGUCGGUUGGAUACAUACUGGAAGUCGACUUGGAGUACCCCGAAGAUAUUCACGACAAACACCGUGACCUACCUCUGUGUCCGGAGCACAGGGAGCCUCCUGGCUCGAAGCAAUCCAAGUUAUUGACAACCUUGUACGACAAGACUCGGUACAUUUUGCAUUAUCGAAAUUUGCAGCAAGCUUUACGAAAUGGUCUUCGACUCACCAAUAUUCACAGAGUAUUGAAAUUCGAUCAAUCGCCUUGGUUAAGAAAAUACAUAGAGUUGAAUAGCGAAAAACGUAUGAACGCUAGAAAUAAGUUUGAGGAAGAGUUUUACAAACUCAUGAAUAAUGCGAUUGCCGGUAAGACCAUGGAAAAUGUAAGAAAACGAGUGGACGUUAAACUUGUAACAAAGUGGGAAGGGAGAUACGGGGCGGAAGCUCUCAUCGCAAAACCCAAUUUUCGCAGUGUUUCUGUGUUUGACGACGAUCUUCCGGUCGUAUUCUAUCAUCUACUGUAUAUGAUAUAUCAAUAAAAUCUACGUAAACGUUAUACGCUUAUGAAAUACGAAUCCUUUUAUUGAUUUUCGUUAUCGCCGAUUAUCAAUACAGACACGGCGCGCUACUAUAUUAUUAUUAUACAAAAUUUUGAGAUGAGACAAAUUUUGCACGUUUCAAAUAGUUUUUUAACUUUGCUCAUCGUUUUUCGCACGUUCUCUUUG